AUGCUGUGGUGCCGCUGGCUGUGUGUCCCCAUCUCACGCUCCCUGUUUGUCUCUCUGUCCCCUGGCUGCCAGGAGGAGAGCCAGAAGAUUCCCUUUCUUCAGAACAUUUGUGACCUGUGCUACAACAGCAAGCGCCACGGCCCUCCACAGGGCCUAGAUCUCUUCUGCCAGAGAUAUGGUCUGGCAGAGAAUAUCAAGGUGCUGCUGGAAGAGGAGCCCAGAAACAAACUGCGCACGGCGGUGCGGUGGAACGCCAUGCUUGCCAUUGCCGAACUGAGCGCAGUGGAGAGGGCGCUGGAGGGCAAGGAGGCAAGCCUCCUCCAAGCCUGCUUCUCUAGUGUCUUCUUGCUUCCUCCAGAAGAGAAAAUGCAGGAUAUGGGCCGUUAUCUCUUCUUAAAAACCAUGGAAGCCAUGGACAACAUGCUGCAGGCAUUGGUGCUCGGCUCUUCAGCCUCCAGAGUCAGCGAGCUGCUCCAGAAUAUCUUCCAGAUGCUCUUGACCUUCACCACCUCUGAGAGAGAAUGUGUGCAGGAGAGGGCUGUGGGGAGGAUUGAGAAGAUGAGCUCUGCGCUAUUCAGACAUCCCACACUGGCGUCCUGUGCGAGAUACCUCAGAACUUCUGAAAGGACAGACAUCGUCCUUGUGUUCAUCGAGGCGAUGAGAGACUCCAGCAUCUUUGACAAGAAGCGGGCAACAGACUUGCUGGACAUGGUCAUGGAAUUCCCUGACUUCUGGCUGGCGGAUCUGCCAAAGAUCAUGAGAUGCAUCCACAAAAACCUGGACAGCAUCAACACAGCACCAGCUCGGCAGAGCGUGGCGUCCCUGCUUCUGCUCAUGGCUGACAGGAGACCUGGGAAGGUGCUCACAACGCUGCUGAGGAUCGCUCCACCAGGAGACAGGACUGCCCUGGACAUGUGGGACAUGAUGAUCUCCACACCCCGGCCUCUGAAGAAGAUCUUAAAAAACCUGCGCAAAAGACUCCUGGUCAUAGACUCCAUGUUUCCCGAAGGCAUCAUCAGUGGGUCAGAAAGUCCUGACAUGGCAAGAAAAAUACAGUCCCUCCUGCCACAAGUUGUGGGGUUGCUCGACCACAGCAACACAGAAGUGAAAAGGAGAGUCCUGACAUUCUUCUGCAGCGUGAUGGGACACCUGAAGAGCGAAGAGGCCAGGCCCACUGUCGAGCAGCUGGAGGAAAAGCUCCUGCCCCUCUUUGAUGAUGUAAGGCUGAUGAUGGAGACUGAGCCCUGGGGGUGGGCAGCCUGCAGUGACAGCUGCCCUUCAGCCCAGCCCCGUGGACAGCACUGA